AUGUCUGAAAUAAAGAGAUUUUUUGGACUAAUUCUAUGGAUGGGAUUAGUAAAACUAACAGCUAUACACCAAUAUUGGUCCAAUGAUCCUGCCUAUAUGCAAACAUUCCCAAAAAAAACAACCACAACAGUAAUGGUUCGUUUAUUCAAAAUACAACCAGUUAUAGACACUUUGGAAACCAAUUAUCAAAAAUAUUACAAUCCAUCCGAGGACAUAUGUAUUGAUGAAUCCUUGGUUCCCUUUCGUGGCCGCAUUAUAUUCAGGCAAUAUUUGAAAUAA